CAUUUCUUUCUCCUCCUCUUAGCUCAGUUCAAACACUCCACACUCACCAUAGUCACAGUCAGUACCUUGAGAAUUCACAGUUACACUGAAUGGCCUCUCACCACCACCACCACCACCCCCCCUACCCCCAUCACCACCAACCUUCUCCUCCUCCUCCUCCUAGCCACUGCUGCUGCAACCCUUCUUACAGCAACUGCUGCACCACCACCCCACCACCUCACCACCCUUCUCCGCCGCCACCACCACACGACCACCUCGUACAAGCCAUUGCCUCACUCCUCCUCUCCCAACCACACCUCAUUCCCACUCAACUCCACCCCAAACCUCACACACGCGACAACCUCGAUCUCAACACCCAUCACCUUAAACACCAACACCAAACCCAUUCCACCAUCUCCUCCCUCCUCGACCGCAUCGAAUCCCUCGAAUCCUCCCUCAACCUCCACACCCACCAAUCUCUCCGCCACGCCGCCGCGCGCGUGAUCCAAACCCAUUUUCGCUCCUUCCUCGUUCGCAGAUCAAGAACCCUCAGCUACCUCAAACACCUCGCUUCCAUCAAAUCCUCAUUCAACGCUCUCAAAUCCUCGUUUUCCAGCAAACCCCACUUCGAUUUCUCAGCUCUCUCCUUCAAAGCUAUGAACUUGCUCCUCGAACUCGAUUCUAUUCAGGAUUGUGAUCCAAUGAUCUUAGAUGGGAAAAGGUCGAUUAGCAGAGAUCUGGUUCAGUUUUUGGACUCCAUUGAAGAGGUUGCUAUGAAAAAGCAUCUUCAUUGUGUCAAAGCAGUAAAGAAUCCAAGGUAUGGUCGGAAAGUUCAGAAACCUAAAAAUGUAGGGGAUGAAGAAAAGAGGAAGUUGUUGCAGAACUUGAGGGGCAGGGUUGAGAGGAUUAGCAAAUUGUGUAAUAACCCUUCUGCAAAUGGUGAAGAUUUAGAGCCUGAUGAGGGCAUUUAUGAUCAUGAGGAUGAGGAUGAGGAUGGAGUAACUAAUGUUUUGAUGAGUAGGAGGAGUGAGGUGUCCGCGAACAAAAAUGGGGGUUUUGUUCAAAGGCAAGGAGUUGUUCAGCCUAGAGUGAAGAAAAGUGUGAGAUUUGCAGAGAAUGGGAAUACUUAUGAGGUUUAUAACAGCAGCACUUGUGAACCGGAUCUGAAUGGGGAUGUGACGUGCUCAGAGGGAAGUUCAUCGGGUGAUGAUCAAGUAGAGGUUUUGGAGAAUGUGAGUUGCGCAGUUGAAGAUGUUUUGGAUUCUUCUCAGGGUGCCGAAAAUGAUGAUAGUGUAGGAUCACCACAUAGCAGUGAUGAUGGUGAAAAGCUCUCAAGAAAGGGUCUCAGAAAUGGUGGCAGAAUUAUAGUGAAAGAGCAGGUUCAAGGGCACCAGGAGCAGCUUUUGUUCUCUGCUCCAUUGCCACUUAAGAUGGAAAACAGGACUGAUUCCAAGAAGAGUAAAGGUGUGAAAAUUUUGACGUGAAUGGCCAUGACAUUAUGAUCAUGUAAGCCAAAGUUUACAUUUGAAUUGUAUUGUAAGAGUAUUUGCUUGGACUUUUGAAUGGUAGAGUUCAUUUGAGUAUCUAAUUGGUCUUUGGUUCUGUAAAUGGACUUGUAAUGUUUCACUUCAGUUGUUGUUUAGUAGUUUGAGACUAUCAGCAGUUCCCCAACAUUCUUUGAAGUAACUUCAUUUGUUUUCUCAAUGUUAGUAGUAUUGGCAUGUGGCAAUUGCCACAUUGCUUUCCGGCUGAUUGACUUAACCAGAGAAAUAGACUUAUUGUAUGUUUGAAUA